CCACUCACCACUUCACUAGCUAGCUUCUAUUCUCUAAACACUUGAGCAAGUUCUAGUAUUUUGAAGCAUAUUACCUACAACGUGGGAAUCGAUGGCGUUCUCUAGAGUUCUGAAGGUGAUUUGCUUGGUGGUGCUAUCCGUGGCUGCACUGUGGUUUGGUGAUGCGAAAGCAGCCAUUACGUGCGGUCAGGUGGUGAAUAAGCUGAUGCCAUGCGUUGCCUACGUCCAAAACGGUGGGACUCCCGCGGUGGGUUGCUGUAGCGGGAUCAAGACCCUCUACGGCAUGGCUCAAACCACCCCUGACCGCCAGAGCGUGUGCAACUGUUUGAAACAAGCAGUUGCCGGAAUUCCGUACACCGGAGCUAACGCCGGUCUUGCUGCUGGCCUUCCCGGCAAGUGUGGUGUCAACCUUCCCUACAAGAUCAACCCUUCUACUGACUGCAAAAGCAUCAAGUGAGAGCUAGCUAGGUUGCUGAUGAAGCUCACCAGCUACUUUAUUUCCUCUACAGGACCUUAGUGUGGCGUGAGAAUAACGUGGUGGUUUAGUGCCUGAUGUGCUUCAGUAGUAUUACUGCUCCUAGCUAGUGAUCUAGUAUUGUCGUUUUUUCAUCAGCUACUUGGUUGUAGCUAGCUUUCAAGUUCUAAAAGAGUGUGGUUGGAUUAGGCCUAUGUUAAAUCAACCUACUUUCUUUGUUGGACUGGACUAUGUCUAAUAUCUAAUAAAGUAAUUAUUCACGGACU